AUGGCAAAACCAAGACUGACAGGUGGUAUUAAUGGAAAGAUAUCUGGUCACAAGAGGCCCAAAAGUAAGCCAUCACUGGCUCAAGUAAUCAACAGAGCUAGAGCAAAGUCAAAAACGAGAGAAAAACAAGUCAUAUUUGGAGAUAACUUGUCACAUGACGAGGAACAACACAGGUCUAUACGAGAGUCAUUAGUUGAGUAUUUCUCCAAAAUUGGUCUGAUUGAUGUAUCACGAGCAAAAAAUGGGGUCUCCUUGUUCAAAUUGGUGCUCUUGGAACUCAACUUGCCUACACUUUCCAAUACGAAAAAUCAAAUGCUGACCAAAGCAGAACGAAAUGACAAGGACAAUCAGUCGUACGAGGAGCUAGUCAAUAUGUUCAGCAUACCGUGGUAUUUGGAGAAAUUUAUGCUUUUUGGAUUGUUUGUCUGUCUUAAUUCAUUUCUUGCGCUUUUUACAAUAGCUCCCCUCAAGAUCAUCCUUGUACUUUUACAAGUUGUCAUCAUCUAUAUCAAUAACCCAAACUCCAACUUAUCGCAUCAAUUCAACUCCAUAAAGAAGGAUGUUAUUACCCUAAGCUUAAUAUCUAUGGCUUUGUUGGUUUUGUUUUCCGGCAAGUUGGAUAUCUCAAAGAUGUAUCAUGAUGUCAGGGGCCAGGCUGACAUUAAAUUGUACGUCAUGUUUGGUGUUUUAGAAGUUGCCGAGAAAUUGUGCUCCUCCAUUGGACAGGACAUUAUAAAUAUACUAUUUCAUAUAUCUCCUCUAGAUCAGGUUGGGAGAUUCAUAAUUUUUUAUUUUAUUUCAGUGUUUUACCUAUCAUUUCACGCAUACAUCUUGAUAUACCAAUGUGUUUCUUUAAAUGUUGCCGCAAACUCAUACUCCAAUGCAUUGUUAACAUUGCUACUAUCAAACCAGUUUGCUGAAUUAAAGAGCUCGGUGUUUAAAAAACUAGAUAGGGAAGGCUUAUUUCAAAUAACAAUGGCUGAUUUGUCCGAGCGGUUCCAAUUGUCUUUGAUGUUGGGAAUCAUAGCGGUGAGAAACUUGAUACAACUCAACUCGGCUCAUGGUCUUGUGCCUGACAGUUGGAAAAAGUGGAAUACAUGGUUAGGCGCUGUUUUUGGCCCUGGUGUUAUCGUCAUUGGAAGUGAAAUAUUUGUCGAUUGGUUAAAGCAUUGCUUCAUUUCCAAAUUUAACAAGAUCAAGCCACGGGUUUAUCGCAAUUUCUUGUACGUUUCCUGCUUGGAUUUCCUACAGGUGUUCCAAACGGGUGCUGAAGGUAAACCGGGAAAGAGUCAUGAGUUUACUGAUUUCAUUGUUUUGACACGAAGGAUUGGAUUGCCUUUGUUGGCUUCUGCUGUGUGUUUUUUGAGAAUGACAAUCAGCGACUUUAAACAAAUAUUCAUCAUUCAAUGCUCUACUCAAGUGCGAACUGUGUUGGCAAGUAUUGUGUUUAUUGCAGCAUCCGUUUUCACCUUGCUUUUAGUUAGAAUCAUCUUGGUGCUAUUGAUUUUCAGAAUUGCCAACCGUUCAGUUGAAACACACCAAGCACGUCAAAGAGAGCUUGCUGUGAAGAGAGACUACGUUCCAGUCAAUGCGCUGUGUAAACCCCCCAUUGAAAAGACACCUUCCCCAAAAGUAGAUACUACAAGCACAUUUAAUAAUUCUAAUGUGGAACCUUCUCCGAUAGAUCUAUCAUAUCUUCCUGGUUCUCCCAAUACGGAACCUUCUACCAUCAACCCCACCACGAGGGCGCAUUUGUAUGACCUUGACGAGAUUGUUCCUGAAACUCCAGAGGAAAAGAGAAAUAAACAGUUGAUGGGUGGAACUUUGCAAGAACUGCCUGGGGGUGACAAGGAUGGCGAUGACGGGUUGUCCAAAGUCAUGCGAUAUGAAAUGUCAAGCAAACGUAUAUGGUAA